AUGCCUCCCAAGUCCACCAAGGGAGAAUAUAUAGAAACAGACACAGGAAACAAAGUCUCCCGUCGCUCUCAAGUACACGGAACCCAGCACAUUAUCUUGGGCGGCAAAACUGUUAUCCAAGCCGACGUGUGCAUCCGCGGUGAUCUCUACCGUCACCAAUCCGACCACCCAGCAUCCAAUUCCUCCUCGUCCUCCAACCCAACACCAGCGAGCCCUGCAGUGGCCGUUUCGAUAGGUCGAUACACCUACCUCUCCCGUUCCUGCCUGCUGCGUCCGCCCUCACGUCUGCACCGUGGUGUUCAUUCGUUUUUCCCGUUGAAAAUGGGCGACCAUGUGUUUGUAGGGGAGAAGGCGGUGGUGGAAGCAGCCACUGUGGGCAACCACGUUCAUAUCGGCAAAGAGGCGGUGAUUGGGUCGAUGGCUAUUUUGAAGGACUUUGUUGUUGUGCUAGAUGGUGCUGUGGUGCCUCCGGGAAUGGUUGUACCUAGUUGGUGCGUUGUUGGAGGCAGGCCAGCUAGGAUUGUAGGGGAGAUUGGGGAGGGCUAUGGUGUUGAAGGUGGGGAAGGGGGUUUGGCAAGGGAGAGGUAUAGGAAUGUUGGGAAGUGA